AAGCGGCGACACAGAGCCCAUCGUCCGCAAGCUAAUAGACGAUUCCUCGCUGGGCCUAGCUCCGGGUUUCCUUGUUGUUGCGGGAGGCUAAAUCGUGUAAACUUCGCGCAGCUUUUAAAAUGAAAUUCCUCUGUGAAUUCAUUACCUAAAUGUUUGGAUUACGCGGGACUGAGGUGUUUCAGAUAAUCGUGUUGUUGGUGCUCUGCCACGUUGGCAGGAACGGACCGUCCAUACGGUCACCAGAAACGUGUGAUCGCCAUUCGAGCGCCAUUGUCCGUCAUGUGGUCUAUACCAGACUCCAACCGGUACUCGACAGGUACCGAGUUUCGAUGCCGGAGGACUGUCCAUUCCAUCCGGCACGGGACGUACUCGUGUGGCCGCAAAGGGAUGCUAAUUCGAUAACGGAUGUGUGGAGGUGCCCUGUGUGCGGCAAAAGUUUUUUCGGCGAAGAAAAUCUCACUCAGCACUUCCACGCACACACCGGAACACGAGGAGGGACUCAACACGUCAAGCGACAUAUUACGGAAGGUGACCGAGUUUGUCUUGGGACGUUUUGCGAUAUUAUGCGUUGUGAUGUCAUUGAACGCCAGUUGUCCGAGGCUCUCACCCCCCGAACGAGUUCCCGGAAAACAGAGAGCCCAAAACCAAAAGCCGAUUGCAAUCGGCAAUCCAUGGCCGUGCUAGAGAAUCGCUGCAAAGCUGUUAUGCAACAGUGCACGAUCGGACUGCUCAACGUGCUGUCAGUGAAGGAGUAUAAAGACGUCGAAGAAGCACUUCACCAGAACAUUUGCUCGUACCUGACCUGCGAAAGGUACUGGGAGGAAGGUCCACGCGAUACUCGCUUUUCGCCCUUCCUUGCCUCCACUAUAGGCUUUCUCAUAGCUUCCGGCUUCUUCGGAUGCUAUUGGGUGGUGUGGAUCGCAUUCGAUACCGCUGCCGCGGCUGAAAACACUUUGCUAGAGAAAUUACCUAAUGGGACCACGAUACGGAAAGUGAACUCGAGCAUCACUAUCUCACGGCAACGUUCGGCACCGCUCGUGACCAAUUCGAAAGCGUCCCACCGCUACAGCGGUCGGUUACAACCCAACAGUUAUUCGCAGAGAGAAAUCAGCGGACCAGAGUUACCCCUGAGGAGACUCAACUCUCAUCACCAUCGGAGCACCCCAUACGACCACAUUGGUCAGCACGCUUCCCAGCCUCCCACGGUGCCCGCUAUGCAACAGCCCUCCCGACAAGAGUUCCAUGCUCAUCAACAGCGGGAAUAUCAACAGGGCUCUCGGUUCCACUACGAAAGACCGCUCCGAUCGCCGAUCAAACCCGCCAAGGAGCUCCCGUCACCUGUAUUCGAGCGAGUUCACGAGAUCAAGGAGUACUCGAACGCAUCCACUCUACCUUCGCACGAGAGCUCCUUUAGGCGCUCGAGACUCUCGGACUUCGAACGCGACGAGUUCGACGAGCAUUUGAUCUACUAUCCCGCUGAAAACCAGCUGACCUUCUCUCAACAUCAUCCGCAGCAGCUGCCCUCAAACCCGUAUGCUCAGCAGCUCCAGUCCGGACUCAGCUUCAGUCCGCAGCAGAGCGUCGGCCCCGCGACGGCCGCUCUAUACGAAAUGAGCCACACUCGAAGUCCGCAUUAUGAGCAGGACCGCACCGUUGAGAGACGGUAA